CCCUUAUGUCUGGUUUUGUGCUCCAGGGUCACAUAUAUUUCUGUAACUAGUCGCAGCCCAAAACGGAGAACCACUGUAACAACGCCAUCCUGGAAACCAGCUUCUAGAAUAAAAAACACUUCAUUUCACACAACUACGCUGAUCAGUCUGAAACCUGCAGCUCUUCAUGUGUCGAUGUAAUCAGCUCUGAUGCUUUCUAUUGUUGGGGUUUUUAAAGCGGCGAACAAACGCGAUAUCCAACGCUAUAAUAAAUGUUUAUAUGAGAAGCAGCGCUUCAUCUCAGGCCUAAAACAACAUCUUCUUCUUCUUCUUCUUCUUCUUCGCUGAUGUGAAGCUGCGGCGUAAAAAGCAAUAAACAGGAAAUCGCUCGUGUUCCGGAGGAAGAGGAAAUAUUAAUCCCCACAAACUCAUCAACUUCCACAUCCGGCGGACGCGAUCGCGCUGCAUGUAGUGUUUCUUACCGUGAGAACAGAACCGGAACCGAACCGAACCCGGUAGAAACGAAACAAUAAUACAGCCGCGGGCACACACACACACACACACACACAGAACACCUCCACCCUCUGCUGCAGCAGCCCCGGAGCUGUGGCUGCUUCAUAUUGCGAAUCAUUUUUGUGCUAUGUAUAUUGUAUCGUGAUUUCGUUAAACUCUUGUAAAGCGGAGUGUCUGCGGCGCACAUGCGCACUGACUCUAGCGCGCAGGAGACGCAACAUUGUAUCUUCUCAUUUCCGGAGUAUGAGCUGAAAUGCCGUCGGUGUCCGCUGGAGUGAAGGAUCUGUAUCUGUCCUCAUCACUGAGCGACCUGAACAAGAAAGCAGACAUCAAACCAGAUAAAACCAGCACCAGACACUAUGUCCAGAGCGCGUGCAAGAUCUUCAAGGCGGCGGAGGAGUGUCGUCUGGACCGCGAUGAGGAGAAAGCGUAUGUGCUGUACAUGAAGUACCUGUCGGUCUACGACCUCAUCAAGAAGAGACCGGACUUCAAGCAGCAGCAGGAUUUCUUCCUGUCUAUGCUCGGACCAACCAGCUUUAAAAAGGCCAUCGAGGAGGCAGAGAAACUUUCAGAGAGUUUGAAGCACCGGUAUGAGGAAGCAGAAGUGCGGAAACAGCUGGAAGAGAAAGAGAGAAAGGAGGAAAAGAGUCGACGAGAAGAAAGAAUUGAAAAAGAUGGCCGAGCUUCACCAGAGAAGAAGGACAAUAAGAAGGUGCAGGACUGGAAAUCACAUCCCUUUGUGUGGCUUCAUCACUUGAUUUGGGUGACGGUGAACCAGAUCCAGCUGAAGCUCCCGGCAGAGUCUCUGGAGGACUGGAAGCGCCGUGGCUUUGUGGAUUACGUGGUUCUGCUGGACUGGUUCAGCUGCGUCUCUGAUCUCAAACUGGGCACCACUCUACAGAGUCUGAAGGAUGCUCUCUAUAAGGAAUGCUCUCGUGUGCUGCUAAUGCUCAGGGUGACGGUGAACCAGAUCCAGCUGAAGCUCCCGGCAGAGUCUCUGGAGGACUGGAAGCGUCGCGGCUUCGUGGAUUACGUGGUUCUGCUGGACUGGUUCAGCUGCGUCUCUGAUCUCAAACUGGGCACCACUCUACAGAGUCUGAAGGAUGCUCUCUAUAAGUGGGACAGCAGCACGAUCCUGCGCAGUGAGCCUCUGGUGCUGGAUGGAGGAUAUGAUAACUGGCUGCUCUUUUACCCAAUGUACAGCAGCAACGCUAAAGUCAAACCCCCCCGACAGCAGACGGCCAGCAGCCUGCCCCAGCUGAACUUCUCGUACCCGUCGCUGGAGGAGCCCGAAGCCGUGAGUGUGUGUGAGGAGCCUGCAGACGCGCAGCUGAACGGCAGAACCGUGGAUCCGGAGCCGGCUGUAAACACCCCCGCGCCGCUCACACAGCCCACAAUAACAGACGCCGCCGCCUCGCCCCGACACACUCCACAGGUCGACCGUUCCAAAAAACCAGCCGUCAAACCGGCAGCGAGCACAAAGCUCAGCGAGGAGCCCUCGGUAAGCGAUGGCCCCGCGGCACACAACGGCCCCGUGGUGCCCGACCGCUCUGGCAAACCCCCGCUGGACCCUUCUAGAGCUCUGAGCGAAGAGGAGCGCAGGGAGAUCCACGCAGAGACCCUCAGUCUGAUGGAGAAAGCCCGCAAAGAGCAGGAGCAGCGCAAACGAGCCCUGGAGGAGAAAGAGACGGCCGAGAGACAUCAGCGAGAACAGAGCGAGAGGAAGAAGGAGGAGGAGGAGGAGGAGGAGAGGAAGAAGCUGGAGAGACCGACGGCCGAAGAGGAGGAUCAGGGAAACGCCAGAGAUGAGAAGAACAGGAGAGCACAGAAGGACGUGCCGCUGGACGCUGCCAUGAAGAGCAUGUCUCUGGAUUCACCUGCAACCUUCAGCACUAGGGAGUCUCUGACGCGAGCACACAGUGAGGAGAUGGGCCGAACCGUCCCUGGGCUGCCAGACGGCUGGAUGAAGUUUCUGGACACGGUGACGGGCACCUACAGAUAUUACCACUCUCCCACCAACCGCGUGCACCUGUACCCUCCGGAGGUCCACACGCCUCAGAUCCAGCCCAGCGCCGCUAAAGCCAAGCCACCGCAGCCCGCCGAGACGGAGAAAGAGCAGGAGAGCGAGAGAGAGGAGGAGCGGGACCGAGAGCAGUCCAAACUCAAGCGCUCAUACUCCUCUCCUGACAUCAGCCAAGAGCUGAGCGCAGAGACCAGCAGAAAACCUGCAGCCGUGCCCACCAUCAACAGAGAGAACAAGCCGCUGACCACCGCUGCUGCUUACACUAAGGUGGAGAUCGCUCGGCCGUCUGCGGCUAAGAUCCGGAACCUAAACCCGGUGUUUGGAGGUCAGGGGCCGUUGCUAACGGGCCUCCGUAACCUCGGCAACACCUGCUACAUGAACUCUAUCCUCCAGUGCCUGUGUAACACGGUCGCCAUGGCAGACUAUUUCAACAGGAACAUUUAUCAGGACGACAUUAACCGGGCCAAUAUUCUGGGUCACAAGGGCGAGGUGGCCGAGGAGUUCAGCAUCAUCAUGAAGGCACUGUGGUCAGGGCAGUACAAAAUGAUCAGCCCGCAGGAUUUUAAAGGCACCAUCUGUAAAAUCAACAACCGCUUCUCCAGCUACGAGCACCAGGACUCUCAGGAGCUGCUGCUGUUCCUCAUGGACGGCCUGCACGAGGAUCUCAAUAAGGCGGAUAAACGGCGCGGGUAUAAGGAGGAGGACAUCGAUCAUCUGGACGACGUGAGCGCAGCAGAGCUGGCCUGGUCCAAACACAGGCUCCUGAACGAGUCCAUCAUCGUGGCUCUGUUCCAGGGUCAGUUUAAGUCCACGGUCCAGUGCAUGAGCUGCCAGCACAAGUCCCGCACCUUCGAGACCUUCAUGUACCUGACUCUGGAGAUGACGUCCAGCAGCAAGUGCUCGCUACAGGACUGUCUGAAGCUGUUCUCUAAAGAGGAGCGUUUGACCGACAGCAACCGCUUCUACUGCCGCCACUGUAAGACGCACCGAGACGCCAUCAAGAAGAUGCAGAUCUGGAAAGUUCCGCCCAUUUUACUCGUACACUUGAAACGGUUUAAAUACGAUGGCCGGUGGCGGGAGAAGCUGCAGACGCUGGUGGAUUUCCCGCUGGAUAAUCUGGACCUGUCACAGUACGUCAUCGGACCCAAACCCAACCUGAAGAAGUACAACCUGUACGCUGUGUCUAAUCAUUACGGUGGGCUGGAUGGCGGUCACUACACUGCUUACUGUAAGAACCCUCUCAAGCAGCGCUGGUUCAAGUUUGACGAUCACGAGGUGUCCGACAUCUCCGCCUCCUCUGUGCGCACGGCCGCCGCCUACAUCUUCUUCUACUCCUCUCUAUGAGGGACAGCGACAGGUCGUCACCAUGCUGGUGGAGCUAAAGCCCUUUGCGUGAGGACUGAUGGACACUUCUGCUGAGGGAACGCCCCUCCCUCUCUCUCUCUCUCUGUGUCUCUCUCUCUCUCGCUCUCUCAGCGGGCGGUUCAGUGGCGUCUGUAUUCCUGUAGCAGGAGUCUGAACACAGGGGCCUCUGCCUGCUCUGGACUUGAUGUCAUUUAGACAGACCGUGAGAUUAGUCGUCCAUAUAAGCGCACUAUAAUCCAAACCGCUGAUUAGACAUGCACCUGCUGCUUAGGGAGAUGCGUUUCAUUUAUUUAUACAGUGAUCAAAUAUAACCAAAUAUAACUCUGAAUGAGAAAAUCCAACUGUUGGUUAACAAGAAAUCACUCAAACCCACUCGUCCUUGUUCACACGUAGUAAAGCGCAGCUUGGGCCCUGCUCUGUAGGCUAGUGUUCAGGGAUCCGCUAAUCACAGCAGUGCAAUAACCCUCUUGACCGAUGGUCAGCAUUAGCAGUAGGUCUGAUGCCAUCAUCAUAUCACACAGCUGUCUCUCUGAACUAAUACACUGUGGCAUGAGCUUCUAACUGAUUCUCUCUUCUGGUUUCUUAUAAUAUUAAGUGCAUUCUUUAAAUCCAUGCAUUAGCCUAUAAGCCUUAUACAUGCACAAAUAAACAGACGUAACACA